CUUGCUUACCACCACCACCACCCCAGCCUCUUUUCUCUUCUGCUACACAACAUCUAUCCUUACCACCAUGCCUCGUCAGUCGCGCUCGAGCCGUCCCGCUGCUCGCCCCGCGCCCGCUCCUGCUCCCCAGCAGACUCGUAGCGCACACACUGCUGCCGCCCCCCACCCCGCCGCCGCGCACCACCCAUCUCAGGCGCCUCCUGUCCCUCCUCAAGCUCAGGCCGCCUCCAAGGAGCCGGGCAUGCUCGCUCAGAUGGCGGCCACUGCCGGUUCUGUCGCCGUCGGCUCGACAAUCGGUCACGGUCUCUCGAACAUGCUCUUUGGCAGCUCCCACUCCGCCCCUGCGGCUCCGGAGGCGCCUGCUGCGCCUGUGCAGCAGCAGCAGUACCAGCAGGGCAUAAGCUGUGACAUCCAGGCCAAGGAGUUCACGAAGUGCCUGGAAUCGGCGGACGUCAAUGCUUGCUCCUGGUAUCUCGAGCAGCUGAAGGCUUGCCAAGCUGCCGCAGCCCGGUACUAGUUGCCUUCGGCGGUGCUAUGUUUGUGUCGAGGGUGACCAGGUUGUCCACAUCAAUGUAGUGUUAUGAAAGCCAUGCGAUUUCAUAAUGCGAACCGCACUUCUCACUUCCCACGUCGCCCGAGUUUUGACACUUGCGGGCUUAUAGCACUCGCUCUCGUGUCACCCAAGGCCAAAGUAUCACACCCCACAUGACUAGCUUCUUAACUACUUCGACAUAUCAUGUCAAUGACGAAGCCUACGUUGUCUGCGGGCGGCGGAUGCAAUCGGACCAGGAGCUCCGUUCGGGUUGUAAAGUGGCGAGAAGAGGUGGAGUUCAUCACAAAGUGUCUCAAGCGGCAAGGACCCUCACGUUGUGGUCGCUGAUUGGCAGGACCAACUCAAUUGUACGCGCCAUGGUGUCCUAUGUGGGUCGGUACGUUGUGCUACUUGUGAAAAAAUCCAUUGGCUGCUGCGUCAUUCUAUCAGAAUAUGAGAACCUGGGAAGACCUUCUCUGUACGCUAACCAAAGGAAGUAGCAGGCCCCGUCCGCUAUAUGCGCGGCUCGGGUUAUGCAUUGGUGGCAGCUGUCCUUAAGAUUACCACCUUGGCACUGAGUCUGGCCACUGAGCCCAUUCGAACGACCCCAUCGAACAGUGUGGUUGGAUAUAAAAGCUCGGAAUUCUGUGGUAUGGAGUUACGUAGGCUCGCACACACGGACAUCCCUAUCCCCCGCCGGUCGCGAACCUCAAGGUGGAAUGAAUUGACAGACUCGCUCACGGAAAGCCGCUGCACAACGGUUCACUCGCUGGUCAGCUUCGAUUGACUGAGGACCAUCGCUCCGCCAGCCGAUGUCGGCAGGACAAACCGGCGACCAGGCAGUCGCUGCUCGUGAAUUGUGCACGUUGUCUAUCCAGAAAGGUAUUGACACCUCUGAAGCGUCAGCAUCACCGUAUACUGUGAAGCCGUGCGCAGAUGCAGUACGUGGAAGGACUUCACCACAGGAGCACCGCCGAUUGACUGUGAGCAAUAUCGUCAUGUCUUGUAUCGUUCCUGUCUCCGAGUGUCCCUCAGUUCACGUUUGCAGACUUCAGGGCCGUUCUCCAAGGAGACCAUGAGCAGUGCGAUCCAGGCGCUGGGUCAGAAGAGGAAUGCGUCCGUCAGAACGGAGCUGUUGUCACCGAGACAGAACAGUGUGCCGACUAUUCGAGGAUGGGAGCGAAUGGCACGGAGAGCCGCCUGUCUCGGCAGAGAAACAUAGCUAUAGUAACGUUUUGCUCGUAGCCCGCAUGAUCAUCACUUCGAUGUCAAACUCGCCUUCCCCGUCAUGAGAUCAAGGAAUGAGGUGCUGCACUAGUCAAUGUCGCCGAACAAUGGCUAGUCACACCAGGCAAAUGAAUGGCUAAGAACCCCUGCUCUGAUCCUCCAUCUCCCUUUCCGGUCACGAAGCGUUUGCACGAUCAUUCCAUGGAACAUCGUUGACAAUUGUCUCCCGGUUCCGAAAUCUACUGGCACUCUGCAACCGGGCCCCGUCUGCCAUCUAUGCGGAUGUUGCCUAUUGCACCCGCCCCCCAUAAUUAACUGGUUCCAUAUGUCUCCCCCGGGCUAAACCUUGGUACGUUCCGUCGAGUUCCACCAUGUGCAUCAGAAGCCGGGAGUGUUGUUAUGGUCGCCUCUGGGCUCGCGCUCGUGGACCUCAAGUUAGAGUUUGUUCCGUAAACAUCAAUUGUUUUUUCCGGUCAUUAUGGCUGACCCCUCGAAUGUACCUUACCACAGGAUACUCGUCUCAGCUGCCAUCUGCUGACAAUGGCAUACUCUCAUAUGCCGUCAAGAUGACCCACCUCUGCGGUACUGUCUCUAUGCGCUGAAGUAGCCCUUCACUGUAGCCAUAUGAGACCGGUCGCUUGUGCCCUAUAUGUGUCUCCGUCCUCGGCCCCACGUAGCUUCGCCGGGAGCUGUUUCCAGACAAUGAAUUGAGAUCCGGCUGUCUCCGAGUCGAGCACAAUGUCUGGAGCCUCUUCAAUAUCAUCUAGUGUCAUCGGCCUCGCUGCUACUGAACGACCUACCCCGCGUACUUGCUCUGAGCGUUCGUUCCCACGACUCGUCUUGUGACAGCAUAUACCUCCCGACGCGCUGACAUUUGCUCGUCGCUGUCAAUCUGGUCGACAACAUGCAAUCCAUGCCACUUGGGUUGUGCUCGCCCGUUUCAGACCGGGGGUCACGCGCUAUCUCCAAUGCGACAAUGCGACGAACCUGCUACCUGCCGUAGAUCCUUCCCGGCGGCCUUGAGUUCGACACGAUCUUACUCGAGCUAUGCUUCUCUUCUUUCUUGCGAGAAGUUUGGGGUGCGAGGGCCCGUACCCUCGUCCCUCCGUGGCGGGACACUAUGCCUGUCUUGCAGUCGUUAUCGCGCGGCUCGGCUAGACGUUGCUCCCUUCCAGCGUCCCUCCACUCCCACGUUCGAGUCCUGUCAUGCCGCAACCGACAGCGUCCCGGAUCCAGAGGCGCACUGCGAGGCGGCGGCACGUUCUUCGACGAGUGACGCUAACGGCGAUAUAGGGGAGGAAAACUUGAUGCCCGUGCGCUGGGUUCUGGAGAUGCCCCGGCAUACGGGAGACUUGUCCGACGGCCGUGUCGUUCCGUAACGCGCAUCCACGUUCUUUCGUCGCCUACGGAAAGAGGAAUGAAGCUUACCUCUCCGACACGGAGUCCUGUUUGCGUUCUCGGAGGCCUUUCCUCGGUUGUCAAGUGACUCAAUGGUGGUUCUACGAGUCACCUUAACUUGGCGUAGUUGCACAGUGCGAGCUACUGAACGUCGUUGAGAACUUCCACAUUCUGGAUGCUCCCGCCUGACUUCAUUCCGAGUCAGUUCAAGAAGCUGGAGCGGACUCUUUAGAAUAUGCUUGUUGAGGGUCGAUGAAGACGAAUACCGCGCCGACAACAGUCGAAGUUUGCUAGGCCCCCAGAUCCCUUGUUCCUAUACCUUGCGGGCGUCAGCCCGUUCUAGGGCGGGGAGUCCUGACGGGCGGCGGGGAUACUGCCGAGUAUAUUCCUGACUGCAGCAAGAGGCGAUUCCCAGGGACGCGAUCGAACACAUCCGGCGGCAUAUCUGCAACCCGUAUACUGGUCUUCGAUGGCCGAGGGUGGACGGGUAGUCGCAACGCAUAGGCGCCAAUUCUUACCCGAGUAGAUAGUACCUGUAUUUCAGGCCCACCAUGAGGCGUGGCCUCACAGGGCAAUACACGAACGGCCGCGGGAUCUAGGAAUGAAGACGAAGAACAGCAAAGGAGUUUUUCCCAUGAUGACCCUUCGAUCGGUACCUAUCGAGCAUGUCGCCGAAGUGUCCGGUAGAUGAGCCACUGGCAUUCAUUCAGCCCCCGGUCAGGAACACUUUCGUCCCCCAAGCUGACCGUUUCGUAGGCGCCUGGAUCUGGGCACCGGCCCUAACUGAUCUACGUGCAGUAAUCGCUGUCAGUGCAGUGAUGCAAGAAACAAAUGGCAUGCUCUGCGACACUGUGCUCACCAUUCCUCUCGUUGCUUGACGACGUCAUACUCGAGUUGAGGUAGCUAGGAACGAUUCCCAGGAGUCACGGGCAGGCGUUACGGUCAGCCUAUAUUGAUAGGAUUGGCAAGCAUGACGGGAUCAUGAUCUGACGAGCGGUUAUAUCAUUACUCGAACCAGUCGUACGGAACGCAUCAGCGGAGAUCGAAAGGAGGAGGCAGCGUUCCUUAACGACUGGUCAAACUGGGCGCGAUUCUGGCAGGGCACCCCGAUUUGGUACCCCGUGAGAGAAAGGACUUGGUGAAAUCGCACUUCGCCCCCAUGGAGAACCUGUGACGAUGGACCCUUCCACCCCGUGGUUCCACAUAGAGUACCAAUUACAUUGAGAGAUGGAUGUAGUACAUAGCAUAUGUGUGUUUCAAGC